AUGAGUGACAGCGGCGAGGGGAUCAUCAGCUUGCCGGUGCCCAGCCCUCCCGGCGGCGCCCCCCCCUGCGAGGAGGUGCUGGGCAGGCGAGCGCAGGGGGCAGACGCUGGCGCCCGCAGCCUUCUGCCCGACUUGGCCGCGCCGCCGCCCGGCACCCUCUGGGCUGAGGACGGUGCCGCCGCCAGCCCGGGCAGCGCGGCGCGGGCCAAGGGUGGCGGCAGGCGGACCGCCGUCACCUACGUGAUCAACGAGGCGAGCCAGGGACCGCUGCUGGCAGCGGAGAGCGGCGCCCUGCAGAGCCUGCGGGAGGCGUGCGAGGUGGUGGGGGCCACGCUGGAGACGCUGCACUUCGGCAAGCUGGACUUCGGCGAGACAGCGGUGCUGGACCGCUUCUACAACGCAGAUAUUGCUGUUGUAGAGAUGAGUGAUGCCUUCCGUCAGCCUUCCCUGUUCUAUCACCUGGGAGUCAGGGAGAGCUUCAGCAUGGCUAACAACAUUAUCCUCUACUGUGAUACAAAUGUGGAGUCUCUGCAAUCACUGAAGGAAAUUAUUUUCCAGAAGAAUAAUAUGUGCACUGGUAACUACAUAUUUGUUCCUUAUAUGAUAACUCCACAUAACAAGGUGUACUGCUGUGAUACCAGUUUUAUGAAGGGUCUAACAGAGCUGAUGCAGCCCAGUUUUGAAUCACUGCUUGGGCCUAUAUGCUUACCCCUGGUGGAUCGAUUUAUUCAGCUCUUGAAGGUGGCACAGGCCAGUUCAAGCCAGCAUUUCCGGGAAUCCAUUCUGAAUGACAUCAGGAAGGCUCGUACCCUCUACACAGGCAAAGAGCUUGCAGCAGAGCUGGCAAGGAUUCGACAGCGAGUGGAUAGUGUCGAAGUCUUGUCUGCUGACAUCGUCAUAAAUUUACUGCUGUCCUACAGAGACAUCCAGGAUUAUGAUUCCAUUGUGAAACUGGUGAAAACUUUAGAAAAACUGCCUACUUUUGACUUGGCUUCUCACCACCAUGUGAGGUUUCAUUAUGCAUUUGCGCUGAACAGGAGAAACCUGCCUGGAGACAGACAGAAAGCUCUAGAAAUUAUGAUUCCCCUGGUAGAACAGGAAGACCAAGUAGCUUCAGAUAUGUACUGCCUGGUUGGUCGAAUUUACAAGGACAUGUUUUUGGAAUCUGGGUUUAUAGAUACAGAAAGCAGGGACAAAGGGACCUUCUGGUUCAAGAAGGCAUUUGAGUCUGAGCCAACAUUGCAGUCAGGAAUUAAUUAUGCAGUACUCCUCCUGGCAGCUGGACAUUGCUUCGAUACUUCUUUUGAGCUGCGGAAAGUUGGAGUAAAGAUCAGCAGCCUGCUUGGUAAAAAGGGGAGCUUGGAGAAACUGCAAAGCUAUUGGGAAGUGGGAUCUUUCUUGGGGGCCAGUAUGUUGGCUAAUGACCAUAUAAGAGUGAUCCAGGCUUCAGAAAAGCUGUUUAAGCUAAAGGCACCAGCAUGGUACCUGAAGUCUAUUGUAGAGACUAUUUUGAUACAUCAACAUUUUAAGAAACUGACUACAGAACAACAUACAGCCAAACAGGAACUUGUGGACUUCUGGAUGGACUUCCUUGUUGAAGCCACAAAGACAGAUGUGUCUGUAGUUCGAUUUCCAGUUUUAAUAUUAGAACCAACAAAGAUCUAUCAACCCUCAUAUCUCUCCAUCAACAGUGAAGCUGAGGAGAAGACUGUAUCUAUCUGGCAUGUACUGCCUGAUGACAAGAAGGGUAUCCAUGAGUGGAAUUUCAGUGCUGCUUCUAUCAGAGGAGUAAGCAUUUCGAAAUUCGAAGAACGAUGCUGUUUCCUGUAUGUGCUGCACAACUCAGAUGACUUUCAAAUCUACUUCUGCACAGAACUUCAUUGCAGAAGGUUUUUUGAUAUGGUGAAUGGUAUCACUGAAGAAAUAGGGAAGACUACAGAAGAAGGGGAAUGUGAUGGAGACUCCUUAGAGUAUGACUAUGAAUAUGAUGAAAAUGGUGAGCGAGUCAUUCUGGGGAAAGGAACCUACGGCAUCGUGUACGCAGGACGGGAUUUGAGCAAUCAAGUCAGAAUUGCUAUUAAAGAAAUACCAGAGAGAGACAGCAGAUACUCCCAACCUCUGCAUGAAGAAAUAGCUUUGCAUAAGCAUCUCAAACAUAAGAACAUUGUCCAGUACUUAGGUUCUCUUAGUGAGAAUGGCUUCAUAAAGAUAUUCAUGGAACAGGUGCCAGGUGGCAGCCUUUCUGCUCUUCUACGAUCAAAAUGGGGACCGUUAAAAAAUAAUGAGCAGACAAUUGGAUUCUACACUAAGCAGAUUCUUGAAGGAUUAAAAUACCUCCAUGACAACCAAAUAGUGCACCGAGACAUAAAGGGUGAUAACGUGCUUAUCAAUACGUAUAGUGGAGUGCUAAAGAUUUCAGACUUUGGAACUUCAAAGAGACUUGCAGGAAUCAACCCAUGUACUGAAACUUUCACUGGUACCCUUCAGUAUAUGGCACCAGAAAUCAUAGACAAAGGGCCACGUGGCUAUGGGAAGGCUGCAGACAUCUGGUCUUUGGGAUGCACAAUCAUUGAGAUGGCUACAGGAAAACCCCCAUUUUAUGAACUGGGAGAACCACAAGCAGCUAUGUUUAAGGUGGGAAUGUUUAAAAUACACCCAGAGAUUCCUGAAUCCAUGUCUGCAGAAGCCAAGGCUUUCAUACUGCGUUGCUUUGAACCAGAUCCUGAUAAACGAGCUUUUGCUCACGAGCUACUUAUAGAUGAGUUCUUGAAGGUUUCAAGCAAAAAAAGAAAGUCCCCAUCAAAGCUCUCAGUUCUUCCAGCUAACACAAAUGAGUAUCUUCGGAGUAUUUCCUUGCCUGUUCCUGUUCUGGUGGAAGAUACAAGUAGCAGCAGUGAAUAUGGCUCUGUCUCACCUGAUACGGAAUUAAAAAUUGAUCCAUUCUCUUUCAAAACAAGAGCCAAAUCCUGUGGAGAAAAAGAUGGGAAGGGAAUCCGGUCCCUAUUCCUGAGCAUCCCAGAUGAACAUUUUGAGGAUCACAGUGCACCUCCUUCACCAGAAGAGAAGGAUUCUGGGUUUUUCAUGCUGAAGAAGGAUAGUGAAAGGAGAGCCACUCUUCACAGGAUAUUAACUGAGGACCAAGAGGAGGUAGUGAGGAACUUGAUGGAAGCUCUGUCUCAGGGAGCUGAAGAACCCAAGCUAAAAUGGGAACAUAUCACAACGCUCGUUUCCAGCCUCAGAGAAUUUGUACGGUCCACAGAUCGUAAAAUCAUCGCAACCACUCUUUCAAAACUGAAACUGGAGUUAGACUUUGACAGCCAUGGUAUCAGUCAAGUGCAGCUCGUGCUGUUCGGUUUUCAAGAUGCUGUCAAUAAAGUUCUCCGAAACCAUAACAUCAAGCCACAUUGGAUGUUUGCACUGGAUAGCAUAAUCAGAAAAGCUGUGCAGACUGCUAUUACUAUCCUGGUUCCAGAAUUGAGGCCACAUUUUAGUCUUGCAUCUGAAAGUGAUACAGCAGAUCAAGAUGAUAUAGAAGUUGAAGAAGAUCAAGAUGAACAGCCUCAGAAUCAAACUAUCCAACAGCCUUGCAUUGCCAUGGAAGAUGCAGUAGCUACUUCAGGUGUAAGCACACUCAGCUCUACAGUAUCCCAUGAUUCCCAGGCUGUUCACAGAUCACUGAGUGUCCAACUGGGCAGGCUAAAAUUAGAGACAAACAGGUUAUUGGAAGAGUUGGUUCAAAAGGAGAGAGAAUUCCAAGUCCUCUUGCAUCAGGCUAUAGAAGAAAAAGAUCAAGAGAUCAGAAACCUACGGCUUAGGUCACAGCCAAUAGAUAUUCCAGGAUUGUCUGUCUGUCAUCGUCAUUCCACUGGCACAGGGACCGAAGACCCUGAUCUCAUAAACUGGCUGAAUGUUCAAGGAGCUGAUGAGGCCACAAUAAACAAGUUCUUAGCUGAAGACUAUACAUUAAUGGAUGUUCUCUGCUAUGUCACAAGAGAUGAUCUGAAGUGUUUGCGACUGAGAGGAGGAAUGCUAUGCACACUCUGGAAGGCCAUCACUGACUUUCGAGAGAAACACAACUGACACUGAAAUUCUUCUUCACUUCUCUGCAGAGAGGAAAAGAUUUCCUUUCAGCACAGAGCAGGUGUGCUGUCAGAAGGACUGUUGCACUUUAAUCCAGUAUUUGUUUACCAAUGCUAAAAACUCUGCAGCUUCCUGACUGCUUUUACUCCUAUAAUCCGUAAGGAAUCUGUAAACAACCUGCAACAUUAUUUUACUUCAAAUGUUUUUACAUGCAAAUUUUUCAAAAAUUAAAAACAAAC